AAAAAACAAAAAAGAAAGAGAAGAAAAGAAAAUACUAAAUAACGGUAAAAAUCACUACUUUACUUCUGCCCCCAUUUACAAGACCGCCCCUUUUCCAACCAAUCCCGCUUCCUCCCAAAUUUUGUCCUGUUUAAGAUCAAGGAAAAGAAUGCGAAAUUCGAGAUGGGUUUUUCUUGUUAUGUUGAUCUCGUUAGUCAGCAAUGAGCUAAUGUUGGCUGAUUGCGGAAAAGAUGAUGUUUCGGAUCCAUAUGCCCUGCAAAAUGCGGAUAGAGUCUCAAAGCUUCCAGGCCAAAGCUUCAAUGUCAGCUUUGCACACUAUUCUGGUUUCAUCACUGUCAAUCAGGAAGCUGAAAGGGCGCUGUUUUAUUGGUUCUUUGAGGCUGCGGAGGACCCUUCUUCCAAGCCUGUUGUUCUCUGGUUGAAUGGAGGGCCAGGAUGUUCAUCAAUUGCUUAUGGAGUGGCUGAAGAAGUUGGACCAUUACAUGUUGAGAAAGAUGGGAAGAACCUGUAUCUGAACCCGUAUUCUUGGAACCAAGUUGCAAAUAUGCUGUUCCUGGACUCUCCGGUUGGAGUUGGAUAUUCAUACUCUAACACGUCCUCUGAUCAUAAGACCAAUGGCGACAAGAGAACUGCGGCGGAUUCCCUUGCAUUUCUUGUGAAGUGGUUUGAGCGUUUUCCUCAGUAUAAAGGAAGGGAGUUCUAUAUCACUGGAGAGAGCUAUGCAGGACAUUAUGUGCCUCAAUUAAGCCAGGCCAUAGUGCAUUACAACCUCGCAAAGAAAGAAAAGAUUAUUAAUUUCAAGGGCUUCAUGGUCGGAAAUGCUUUAUUUGAUAACUUUCAUGACCACGUGGGGCUUUUUCAGUAUUUGUGGUCUACUGGUCUGAUAUCUGAUCAGACAUUCAAGAAGCUAAACAUAUUCUGUGACUUCCAGUCAUUUAUACGUAGUACAGAACCAUGUGAUGGUAUUCUUGACAUUGCUGAUAAAGAAAUUGGAAAUAUUGAUCAGUACAGUGUGUUUACUCCUGCUUGCACCGCCAAUUUCAGCAUGCUGAAUCAGAUUCUGAGAAGGCGGAAUGUUGGGAACAUCAGAAGACAAUAUGACCCGUGUACAGAGCAGCAUUCAACAAUUUAUUUCAAUCUUCCUGAGGUUCAAAGGGCACUUCAUGUUUACAACAGAAGCAGUUCAUUUAAAUGGGUAACCUGCAGUGAUGAGGUGUAUAAUGGUUGGAAGGAUUCACCACGUUCAGUCCUGGACAUUUACCGUGAACUUCUCCAUGUUGGGGUCAGAAUUUGGGUCUUCAGUGGCGACACAGAUGCUGUGCUUCCAGUUACAUCCACUCGGUAUAGUAUAGAUGCUCUAAAGCUCCCAACUGUUGGACCCUGGCGUCCUUGGUAUGAUGAUGGGCAGGUUGGUGGAUGGACACAGCAAUAUGAAGGGCUCAAUUUUGUUACUGUAAGAGGUGCAGGGCAUGAAGUUCCCCUGCACCGUCCGAAGCAAGCUCUCACACUCUUCAAGUCUUUCAUUUCAGGAUCCAUAUUGCCUAAACAAUCGGAGCUUAAAAGUGAUUCUUAGUCUUCCAGGAUUCAUGUCGGUAAUACUUGAACUGAAAGAAACUCUUUGAAGAGACAGAAAAUUCUGUGGUACUGUUUCUAUUCUCCUCCCACUUGUUUAAUAAGGCCGAACCAACCUUCUUCCUAAUAGUUUCCUCCUUUGUCUUACAACUCUUAUAUUAUUAUUUUCGGUUGUCUGACAGGAAGACAAUCUGUAAGAUUGGAAUACCUUAAUUAAGGCUACAGAGUAUAUUUGGUGAAUUAUUAUUGCUUCCAAAUACAAUCCAAAUGUGCCUGUGUAGAUGUGGAAUGUUGUUGCCUUUUUCUUUUCUUUUCUUUCUAGCAUUUGUUUCUGUCAUAGUCCAGUUGAAUAAAACUUUAAACAGAACAACACAAAUCCUCUGUCUCUCCUUUUUUUCUUCCUCGUACUUAACUUUCCUUCAAAUCCAGCCAUGUCCAUGUUAAAAUCCCUUCAAAAUGAAAAUAAGCAAAGGACAGUUGUCUCACAUCAGAACGGUAACUAGGUUGACCUAUGCCAAUUUACUGAUGAUCUGUUGGUGGAAGUGCUUGUUAGAUUGUUGGUGAAAUCGUUGUUGAGAUUUAGAUGCAUUUCAACUUUCACAAUCAAUAUGCAUAUGAAAUCAUCCCCCCCAAAAAAAAAAAAAAGAAGUAGCAGAAGAGAAUCCUGAGAUUCUUUUCUUGAAUUGGGGGGAGAGUUUUACUUUGUGGGUUGAAGAAUUGGACUCUUCCACCGCAUGGUUCCACUUCCUCCAAAGAGACCCUCCGCGCUCCGUAGAAUCCUUUGCAAUGGCUUGAUUUGUUUGACUUAUUACUGUAAACAGAAUCAUCGUAUUUUUUUUUUUUUUUUGAUAAAAUGUAAUACGAACAUGCAUGGUAUUUUAAUUUAUUUUGCA